UAGCAGCAAUGCUGAGCCCUCGAGUCUCUACGCCGCGGCGAUCGCGCCUUGGAGUGAUCUCGCCCAUGAGGAAGACGCCCGUCACGGCAUCGCCAAUGAAGCCCCGGCGCUCCAAGGUUCGUGUUGUGUCUAGACUACGCCCUUUCUGUUUGGACGAGGCCGAGAGGAAUCAAUGCGUCCGCAAGAGCGAGGACACCAUCGAGAUCUGUGACGAGAAAACCACUCAAAUUGAAUCUUUCAAGCUGGAUUGCUGCUAUGGAGAGUCGGAUGAUCUCGCCGAAAUUUUCAAAGCCGAGGUGGAACCAGUGAUACCGCUGCUCUUUUGUGGUUGCAAUGCCACAGUCUUUGCCUAUGGAGCUACUGGAAGCGGAAAAACCUACACGAUGCAGGGAGAAGAACAAAAUCCCGGUCUCAUGGUUCUGGGACUGAUGCAUAUCCUGUCCUUGGCCGAGCGUGAUGCUAAAUGCAAAAUCGAGCUUUCCUACUACGAGCUUUACAUGGAGCGUUGCUACGAUCUCCUGGAGCCAAAGUCGGGUGAACUACCUAUUCUAGAAGACAGUGAUGGUAAUAUCCAGCUUCGGGGGCUUGCUCAGGUUCAAGUAAAAUCGUUGAAAGAAUUUCAAGAUCUGUUUGCAAGAGGUUGCUCGAACCGAAAGAUUGGUGUCACCGGACUAAACGCCGCUUCCAGCCGCAGUCACAGUGUGUUGGUGGUGACUGUGACAAACACUGACGAAGAAAACACGACUUUGCCGUUGGUUGGAAAGCUGAGCCUCAUAGAUCUUGCAGGAAACGAGGACACGCGACGGUCAGGUACUGAUGGCAUUCGCCUUGUUGAAAGCGGCAGGAUCAAUCAAUCGCUCUUCGUUUUAUCGAACGUGAUCAACGCUUUGAAUGCGAACGAAAAGAGGGUGCCAUAUCGAGACAGCAAGCUAACUCGCAUUUUACAGGAUUCCCUAGGUGGAACGAGUUGCGCGCUAAUGAUUGCUUGCCUGAGUCCUGGGUCUUACAUGGAAGCGGCACAGACGUUGCGUCUGGCAGUAAGAUCAAGGCAGAUUGCAAAUCCUGACAGUAUUGAAUCGCCAGUCGACACAGAUUCAAAAUUUAAACCUGCAAGGAAAUCUCUUGUCAACUCUCCCUUGAAACUUUCAAGCCCGGUGCAGAAUAAGCCUUCGAGCAAGUCUCCUUCUCGGUUUGGACAGCGGCUCACAUUGAAAAGAGUUCAAGCUGGGUCUUCUUCUUGUUCUAGUUCCAGGACCGAGACAUCCUACCGUGAGUCAGCAAUCUUCUCAAUUGUUGAAGACGUGCCAGCACUAGAGAAUGGGCAGGAAACCAACACUGAUCCUAAAGAAAAGCCAGAGGAGGCAGAGGAAGUGUGCUCGUCAUUAGAAACAAAUUCGUGCUCUCCCUUUGCGAAAGAAGCAAACGUUCGUCAAGAGUUGACGAGCAUCACAAGUCAGGAAGACGAUAUGCAAUGUACACCACAAGAAAAAACUUUUGUUCCCUCCAAUUCCCCGCCCUUGAGCUCAAUGCUUCGGAACCUCGGGAGCUCUCUGAGAGAAGCACUGACACCUCUACCAAUCAACUUCACUCCUCAAACAAGCUUGGAACCUUGUACACCGAGAUAUGACGAUGUUCAACAAAUCUCAAAUUGUGGCUGGACUGCUGUUGAACGAUUUACCAACAACAGUCGCGAUUUACAGGGAGCUCUUUUGAAAGAAUACCUUGAUAUUCUCAACACUGGAACUACAGAAGAUUUGCUAUCACUCAAGGGUGUUGGAAAGAAGCGUGCAGAUGCUAUAUUGAAGCUCCGUGAAGCUAAUUGUGAAGCUCCUUUCAACCAACUUAGAGAUCUUCAAAAAAUUGGACUCAGUGCAAAGCAAGCUGAGAAGCUUUUCCAAGGAAGCGUUGUUCGUCAAGUUUUAAGCAUGAAGCACUGAUAAUAUCAGUGUAAUGUACUAUUAUGUGAAGCGUUCUACAUGGGUGCUCCAUGGAAGCCACUUUCCAGGACUA